GCAUGAUAUGCAUUUAUCACAGAGCUCUAUGAUUCAUCAACACAGAAGUUGUGAACAUUCUAAUAGUUUUAACAUUUAUUGAUUGUAGUAGGCUAGUAACUAUAAUACUACAGAAUGAGUAGAAAAGCCCUCGUUCACGUGGAUGUCGUGAGUGAUGUGAUAUGCCCGUGGUGCUGGGUUGGCAAGAGACGCUUGGAAGAAGCAAUGCGACAACAAAAAGAUAAAUAUGAGUUUGUGGUGCGCUGGGAGCCGUUUCUGCUCAGGCCAGAGAUGCCCGAGGAAGGCAUGCCUAGGCCCCCAGGGUUUCCCAGUCCAAGUGCAUUUCAGAACCUGAGAGAGGCAGGCCAGGCUGUGGGCAUUGACUUCACACAGAAGAGCCAGAGGAUUCCCUGGACGGUGCUGGCUCACACACUGCUGGAGUUUGCUAAGGAGACGGAGGGAGGCAGGAUGCAGAACGAUCUCCAGGAGGCUAUCUUCAAGGGUUUCUUCACUGACGGUUUGCUACCUGACCAAGAGAAUCUUCUCAAGUUUGCAGAUGCCGUUGGACUGGAUGCGGAGAAGGCUCGGACAUUUAUUCAGGACAAGACGCACCAGAAGAAAGCAUACGACAGAGCGAGGCAUUGGGCUAGGCAAGGAGUUACGGGUGUUCCUACAUUUUACAUGAACGGACAGCCAACAUUUUCAGGUGCGCAGGACGUGAACGUCUUCGCCAAGAUGUUCGAGCGAGCUGCAACCAAGUUUGCUAACCAGAAACUGGAGAUACCAGCCAAUAUGUAAUAUGUAAAAACAAAUCUGUUCAUUACUGAGUUUGUUGAUGUACAAAUUUAGGGGGGGGGGGGCUAAAGGAGAUAUCAGGCCAGUGCUACGGGUGUAGCAUAUAAAUGUUGUCUUAGGAGGCAACAAGGGCAGAUCCAGGGGGGGGGGCCAUGGGGGCCAUGGCCC